CAUUGGCUGUACGGCACCCAGUGGUUGGUGUGUUUAUAAUCAGCUGCUGUUAGUUGCAUGCUGUAGUAAAGUCCAGUUGAGCUCUCACAACACAAACCUGAAGAUGGCUGCAGCAAGAAACAGGGUUUUUGUUAUCGGGGUGGGAAUGACAAAGUUUGAAAAGCCUGGUGCGAGAGACAUCGAUUACCCAGACAUGGCCAAAGAAGCAGGCGAGAGAGCUCUGACUGAUGCUGGAAUCAAGUACACUGACGUCCAGCAAGCAUGUGUAGGCUACGUGUAUGGUGACUCGACAUGUGGCCAAAGGGCUAUCUAUCACAGUCUGGGUCUGUCAGGGAUCCCAAUAAUUAAUGUCAACAAUAACUGCUCUACCGGCUCCACAGCUCUGUUUAUGGCCCGUCAGCUCGUUCAGGGAGGUUUGGCUGAUUGUGUUCUUUCCUUGGGCUUUGAGAAGAUGGAACGAGGUUCACUGUCCUCAAAGUACGUGGACAGAACCAACCCUAUGGACAAGCACAUGGAGGUGAUGAUCAACCGUUAUGGGAUGGCGGCAGCACCAGCUGCACCUCAGAUGUUCGGCAACGCUGGUAGAGAACACAUGGAGAAGUACGGCACAAAACCGGAGCAUUUUGCCAAAAUUGCUUGGAAGAACCACAAGCAUUCCACCAAUAAUCCAUACUCUCAGUUUCGGGAUGAAUAUAGUCUGGAGCAGGUCAUUAACUCCAGGAAGGUCUUUGAGUUUCUCACACUCUUGCAGUGUUGCCCGACAUCAGAUGGCGCAGGAGCUGCAGUGCUGGCCAGUGAGAAGUUUGUGAGGAGGAACGGAUUGGAGAAAAAGGCUGUAGAGAUCAUUGCUCAGGAAAUGGUCACAGACCUCAGCACUACCUUUGAGGAAAACAGCUGUAUGAAAAUGGUUGGCUAUGAUAUGACCCACCUUGCAGCUAAGAAGUGCUUUGAGACUGCUGGUCUGAAGGCGUCAGAUGUUAACGUCAUCGAGCUGCAUGACUGCUUUUCUGCCAAUGAGCUCAUCACCUAUGAAGCUCUGGGACUGUGUCCAGAGGGUAAAGCUGGUGAGCUGAUUGAUCGGGGUGAUAAUACAUAUGGUGGCAAAUGGGUGAUAAACCCCAGUGGAGGACUCAUCUCAAAAGGACACCCACUUGGAGCUACAGGUCUGGCUCAGUGUGCAGAGCUGUGCUGGCAGCUGAGGGGGGAGGCGGGGCCUCGGCAGGUCCCCGGGGCAAAGGUCGCCCUGCAGCACAACAUUGGUCUUGGUGGAGCGGUGGUGGUCACUCUCUACAGGAUGGGUUUCCCUCAAGAAACAAGCUCUAGGAUCGCUGCAGUGCCCACCAGCGCAUCCACUGACUUCCAAGGCUUCAAAGUUCACACUGUCUUUAAGGAGAUCGAGAAGAAGCUACAGGAGGAGGGCGAGGCAUUUGUAAAGAAAAUUGGAGGUGUUUUCGCCUUCAAAGUGAAGGAUGGUCCAGGUGGAAAUGAAGCAUUAUGGGUUGUGGAUGUAAAAAAUGGCAAAGGCUCGGUGACCAAUGAUGAAGGUAAGAAGGCCGACUGCACCAUCUCUAUGGCCGACUCGGAUCUGCUUGAAUUAAUGAUGGGGCAAAUGAAUCCACAAACGGCAUUUUUCCAAGGAAAACUAAAGAUAACUGGAAAUAUGGGAAUGGCCAUGAAACUUCAAAACCUUCAGCUGACAACUGGAAAAGCCAAACUGUGAAAUCACAUCUCUUGACGAACAGGAAAAUGGGACAAAUCCAUCCAAAUGUGUUGUGUGGAGAGAUGGUAGAAUAGUUAAUCAGUUUCUAAAGAUAAUGUUUGAAUGAAGAAAUACUGAUAAUAUUGCUGUUGUAGAUCAUAAUAAUAUUAACCUUUGGCAACCACAAGAGUGUUAAAAGUACAAAUCAAGUAAAACUAACAAGAGCUGUCAUUUUUCCUCAGGAAAGAUAUCACAAAAAGUCACAGUAAACUGACCUCAAAUCAGCAUUGUUUAGUUGCGAUUAGUUAAUCACAACUUGAAUCUUGCAGAUGAACGCUGAGACCUCUUUUUUUCCUGAAUUUUAUAGCGUCACUGGCUUUAUAAUGUGCAUAUAGACUAAUAUCAGUUAUUGGAAUUCUACAAAGACUUACUUGGGACCUUCAUAUCUACUUUGUAGUGUCAACUAAAUACAAUUAAAAUACAAGUAGAGAGAAACAGACCUUGAUACUGAAAUUCUCAUUGAAUCUUCAAAGGGGUGUUGGGUAUAUUAUCAUUUUUAAAGCAUUUUGUAUAAUUGUAUAUUAAUCAAGUUUGUAAAAAGACACAUUUCUAAUAAAUAUUCAAUUUACUUCAAAA